GGCAACCAACCAGCGCCGCCGCGGGCACCGGUUAUAAAGUCCACGCAGCCCGCGGGACUCAGACUCGCCCGGAUCCCAGAUGGAGGCGAUGGCGCCGCGCACGCUGCUCCUGCUGCUGGCGGCCGCCCUGGCCCCGACCCUGACCCACGCGGGCUCACACUCGAUGCGGUAUUUCCACACCGCCGUGUCCCGGCCCGGCCUCGGGGAGCCCCGGUACAUGGAAGUCGGCUACGUGGACGACACUGAGUUCGUGCGCUACGACAGCGACGCGGAGACUCCGAGAAUGGAGCCGCGCGCGCAGUGGAUGCAGCGGAUGGGGCAGGAGUAUUGGGAGCGGGAGACAGGGAAAGCCAAGAACACGGAGCAGACUUUCCGAGUGAACCUGAGGACCGCGCUCGGCUACUACAACCAGAGCGAGGGCGGCUCUCACACGUUCCAGAGUAUGUACGGCUGUCACGUGGGGUCGGACGGGCGCCUCCUCCGCGGGUAUCUUCAGUUCGCCUACGAUGGCCGCGAUUACAUCGCCCUGAACGAAGACCUGACAUCCUGGACGGCGGCGGACGCGGCGGCGCAGAUCACACGGCGCAAGUGGGAGCAGGCUGGUCAGGCAGAGAUACAGAAGGCCUACCUGGAGGGCACGUGCGUGGAGUGGCUCGGCAGAUACCUGGAGGCCGGGAAGGAGACGCUGCUGCGCACAGAUGCCCCAAAGGCACAUGUGACCCACCACCCUGGAUCUAAAGGUGACAUCACCCUGAGGUGCUGGGCCCUGGGCUUCUACCCUGCUGACAUUACCCUCACCUGGCAGCUGAAUGGGGAGGAACUGACCCAGGACAUGGAGCUUGUGGAGACCAGGCCUGGAGGGGACGGAACCUUCCAGAAGUGGGCAGCUGUGGUGGUGCCUUCUGGGAAGGAGCAGGAUUACACAUGCCAUGUGGUGCAUGAGGGUCUGCCUGAGCCCCUGUCCCUGAGAUGGGAGCCUCCUGAGUCCAUGGUCCCCAUCAUGGCAAUCAUUGCUGUUCUGGUUGCCCUUGGAGCUGUGACCAUCAUUGUGGCUGUGGUGGCUGUUGUGAGGAGGAGGAGAAACAGAGGUAGGAGAGGGCAAGGGUUGGGUUUUCUCUCAGCCCCUUUUAGAAGUGUGCUCUGCCUCAUUAAUGGGAAACACAUGCACACCCUCAUGGCUCCUGUCUCUAUUGCUCCUGUUUCUAGCUGGGGCUGCUGUGGAAAAGCGGGGGACUAUGUUCCAGCUCCAGGUAAAUGUUGGGGGAGCAGGAUUGUCCCUGAGGCUCUUGGGAUGAAGCUGGAGAUGGUGGGGAGCUCAGCCAACCCAUAA